ACAAAUCUAAAUGGCGGCGAUAAUAGAACUACAGACAUGGCUUUCCGGAAACAGUGCGAGGCGAGCCGCUGCCGCGUAAUGCAGUGCCGUUGUGCGGACAGGACGUGUUGGAGAUUUGCAGAUUCAGAAAGUCAAGAAUAAUAAAGAAGAAACGGGAUGGAUGGACUGGGGCCCAGUUCUCUGGGACUUGGAAAGUUAAGAUAUUGCAACACUAAAGUACAAGACAAUGGAGAAAAGCAGGAAGGAAAAGAGACCAUUGGAGAAAGAAAGCCCAAUGAAAAGGAAAAUGAAGAUCAGGGAAAGAAGAUUAAAAGAGAAGUGAUGGUAAAAAGUGAAGAAAGUGAACCAGUGGAGAACAAGACUUCCGGUGACAAAAAAGUCAGAAUACCAACAGACAGCAUUCUGGAGAAAAUUCUAGAAAACCGUGAUUUUAUGCCAGUGAGAAGUACUGAAGGAGGAGGGGAUAAAUCUCACAUCAAGAAAGAAAAUUUGGAUAGUAGAAUGAUGGACAGUAAAAGAGGCUGCGUGGACAUCAAGGCUCCAUUGUAUAGAAGUCCAACUUCUGGCAGGAUGAUUGGUAAGAGCACACAAUGUGCAGCUGCAGGAGAGGGACAGACUCGCACUGGCAGAGCUUGUGCCGAGGAGCCUGAUAACCGUGCACAUUCACACCAAGAGAAGCAAAAUCCUGAAUCAGAAGGAAAGAAACAAAUCGGAAAGACGAAGCUGGCCAGCCGGACCCAAGGUUGUAGUUCGCAACGCAAUGCAUGUGGCGAUUCUGAUGAUGAAAGUGUGGAGGCGGGAUUAUUCAUGUUGUGUGAGAAGCAUCCAGGACCUGAAGAAGAAGAGCAGUUUAAUGAAGCUGAGGGUCAUGUCACUGAUUGGCCACGCAGAAAUAAAGAUAAGAAUUUGGCAAAGUGCCAGAAGAGAAAACUUUCUGAAACUUCAGUAAAAGAUGUAGUAACUGAAACUGAGGUAAAGCGUGAACGCGCUGAUUCAACUAGGAUUCUUCCUCCAAAACAAGAUGGCACGUCUCCCAAAGAGCCACCACACCAUUCUGAAACUUCACAAAGAAGCACUGUGACCGAGUCCUCGACUGCCUCCUCAGGUGAACAGUCCCAGUCGGAGUCUGAUGGCACAACUGGCAUCCUGCUGAUUGAUACCUUUGGUGUCCCGUACACACUUUAUCGGAAGGUUACUCCACAAGGUGGGAACAGUGAAGGGAAAGAAGAGGCUGCCAGUGAUGGGAGUGCCACCUCAGAUGGUGCGGUCACCUGCUCUUCCAGCCCAGCCAAAUCCUAUAUCUGUGCCGUGUGCUACCGGCCCUUCCCUUAUCUCUCAUACCUGGAGCGUCACCGCAUCAGCCACUUGGAAAUGAAGCCACAUGUCUGCAGCGACUGCGGUAAAGCCUUCAAGCGCUCCUCCCAUUUAGCCCGGCACCGGCAUGUACACUCGGACCUUGGGAAGCCUUAUCAGUGCUCUGUGUGUCAGAAGGGCUUUCGGGAGGCUGGGGAGCUUGUCCAGCAUGAGCGAGUACACACUGGAGAGCGACCAUACCAAUGUCAGGUGUGCCGACUACGCUUUUCUGAGCGUACCACACUGCGGCGGCACUUCCAGAGAAAACAUGCGCAGCAGCCGUUAACGCCAGAUCCCUAAGAGCUACUUAAUCAUAUGACCACCCUUUUCAUAUGUUACUUUCUAAGUUAUAGAGGUCUGUCGAGUCCACUGCCUUAGUCAGAAAUGUGGGCUUUAACCUGGUUUUUAGUGGUGUAGAAGACAGUGACGAUGUAGAGGGACUCUGUGCUGGUAGAGACAGGAGGAGCACGUGGACGCUGAUAACCUUUAAGAAGUGACUGGAUGUAACACUGGGACAAAUACGUAUUAUCUAAGCUAGCAAGGCAUGUGGACUCGAUGCUCUUGUUGUAAACGUUUACUGUAUUCUUGGAAAUCAGCCUGGUUUGUAAGUGGAUAUCAGCUUGGAUGGCAAGAAAAGCCCUAGAGAUUUCCUGGUCUUUGCCAUUUCACAAUCAUAAAGUUGGUGUACUAAAGUCCUUUGGGGCGUCUGUACUGCACAACCUGUAAUAGAGAGGAGAUGCAGCCGAGGCCGGUCCUGGAGAGGAGUAGCUUAGAGGCGCACACACAUGCUCAUGGAAGCUAGGGUUUGUUACACCACUGUAGCACAUUCAUUUCAAGCCCCUGAAGCGGAGAGCUUACUGCAGGUAACAGAUGUGACCUUGACACGGUGUAUGGUUUUCAGCUCCUGCGUUAAGAAAUUGCUGUUUUAUAUUCAUGCAUGUAAAGGCAGUAGUACUAAUACAAGAGAUGACAAAACGUCACUGCUUGUCAGCUGUGCUUCUGUAGCUGAUGGUAACCCUGUUUGAACUUAGCAAUGUAGACCAAAGCUUAAUGGAAAAAGUGAGAGUGGACUGGUGUCAACUUCGGCCCAGAUCGUCUCCUUAAGAAAGUGACUGAGAGAGAUCCCACCUGAUGUUAUACAGCCAUCACAUUCUAAUGACAUGGGAACCAUUGCCAGGGAUAACUGAGAACAGUGUCACAGUUGCACAGCAUACAGAUGUUUGGUAUGGUACAGGCAGGAGCUCGAAGGCCCUUGAUUUGUUAAGACGCAUACAAGAGUCGGGUCCACCAUGUGUAUGAACUGUGUGUCCAAGUUGUGCUCCACUUUACCAUUGCAAAUAAACUCUACAUCUCAAAAGUUUAAGUAUAGAAGUUGGUUGCAUUUUGAAAGAGGGGGCAACCACAUUUCAAGUUUAUGAGCAGUGCUCGAACGCAAAGGAAUGCAAGUUCUUUGGAAUGAAAAAAGAUGUACUGUGCAGAAUUGGUAGAGAGAAUAAUCAAGGAACACUGUAGGUUACUGGACCAUAUUAAGUAAAAAGCUGGAAUUUUUUUUAGUAGGUUAAUUCUGAGUCUCAGAUAAUGAAACCCCCAAGAUCUGGGAAUAUUUGCCUAAAACUCCAUUGAUAUUCGAGUUGUGAUAUACAGAGAAUGACUGCGAUGCUCGGUCCCAUAACUGGAGUGUCUGCUGCUGGAGAAUCCAAAUCUUUCUUAUGAUGUGAUGGAGUCUUCAGCAGCAGAUACCUUGGAUUAUAGGUUCAUUUGCCUAGGAAUAUUUUUCCACUAAAUCAGUUGCAGCAUUAGACCCUCCAAUAUUGAAUACUCCCGAUUAUGGAAAGAGCUUGGCUAAAAAUCUGCUAGUGUUUUCAGUAAAUAGAUUCACAGUCUCGGGCAUUAAAAGCCCCUGGUCCUCAGACUGUUUGCCUAAAUGUCUGCUUGUUUUUUGAUUAAAUCAAUUGUGACAUUAAGAGAA